CGAAAGGUUGGUGGUUCGAGCCCACCCGGGGGCGCUAUAUUUUGCCAAUUUUUAAUUUCACAUUAUGGCAUUAUAAUCUGUGAAACCAAGAACAUUUGGCACUACGUCACUAUAUUUGAGAGGCCGUUUGGCGAUGUUACCAAGAUACUAAAAAUCGUGCAAUCGUUGUGAAUGUCCAUCCAUGCUACAACUUUUUAGUCAAUAGGACUGAGAUAUCGACCUAACUUCGGGAGGCCAAGGUUCUGGUAAAUAUUGUACAAAAUGGAGUCUGAGUUUGAAGAGGACGACCCCCAUUUCGCCUUUGGGGAUGAAUUCGAAGAAGAAAUGGACAAGUUUUGGCUGGACGAGAAGCCCGUGAGGCAGGAUGAGAUUGACAACUUGUUUGAAGAAGAGGAGGACUUUGAAGAAGGUGACGGGGAGGAGUGGGGGGUCGAGGGGCUGGAAAAUUUGGACGCUUCGGAACAGGAGGCAGUUGACCAAGUUAUGAACGAGGAAGAAGAUGAAGCUCUUCUGGCUGAAGAGGUCGCACUUUUGCAGGCGUUGCAGGAGGAGAAAGGCCCCGAAAAGUUGUUGUUGGACUCGACCAAUGUGGAUAAAUUAAUUAACAUGUUAUCCAGAGUGAGACUUGCCUGGCCUGAAAACCUCCCGGGAUACGACGCCACGGAAUACGCCACCGACCCAGAACGGGCCAAGUUUCCAUCCACAUUUUAUCAGAAUACGGACAAGGAGAAGACGGUGCUCUGGCAUGCUGAAAAUUUCCGUCGCCAAUUUCAAGCCCAGUUCCCUCGCCGCCGAGCCCUGGUCAUAGCUCCAAAAAACGAGUGCGGUACCCAAAAGCUUUUCCCAACCUUUAUAAACCCAUGUGUCCUGGGUUACCCAGAAUUCUUGGACGCCCUCACUUGCGCCGAGUUCUUCAAGGAGUUCUUCGCCCCAGAGUUAAUGGAACAUCCCACUCGAGUGCCUAGUCGAAUCAGGUCUCAUGUAACCGUGCUGAAGAACCGGAAGGCCAACUGUUAUGAGUAUGCCGUGAUAUUGGCGACCUUUCUCAUCGGGGCUGGAUACGACGCUUAUGUUGUGGAUGGGUAUGCCAGCAAAGCAGCGUGCACCAUGGACGCCACUGAAGACUAUGUCGAACCUCCAGAUGUGCCCAUUGGGGGAGAGGAGAAGAAGGGGGUUUCAGUGCUUAUGGCCCCCAAGCCAAAACAACCUGACCCAAGCGAGAGCAAGAUGGAUAUUCUGUCUGGAAUUUUCGGAAGACGGGAUGAAGAAGAGGAAGUGGUCGUGAAAUCAGUGUCACCUACCAAAUACCGAUUUAAGAGGGCGGUAGAAGUGGCGAGCCAAGUGGGCGAGUUGGAUGGGGGAGGAGCUGAUCAGUCCUCCGAGGUGGAAGAGUCAUCAUUGCAAGAAUAUUCCGACAUGGAGAUGGAGGACAAUGCGCAGCUGGGCAUUGCGGGUGACGGGGGGACGAAUAAAGUGACCAAUGUGGGCGACACGUCGGAAGAGGAAGAAGGAGAGGAAAAUGAGACAAUGUUUGGAAGAAGGAAGAGAAAGCGUCCCUCAUGCCCUGAAAAGUAUUAUGCGACGCGAACCCAUUCCUGGGUGCUCGUCAAGGCUGGGAGGCGAGACGUCCCAGCCCCUUUCUUCAUCGAACCCUUCUCCGCCACGGCAAUGUCCCUCGACGAUGAAACCUUUUUCGGAGUAGAAACGAUUUUCAAUCACAAAAAUUUCUGGGUCAGUUUGGAAGAUCCACUGGAGUUGUAUGCAGGGGAAAUCAGCUAUGACUUGAGUGACACGUCGAAAUGGGCCAAACUGCUGGUGGAGGUGGAGAAGAAAAAGAAGCUGCCAGAGGAAGAAAAGUCACUGUUCCAGGACGAAGAGGACGACGUCUCCAAGAAGGCUGAGUUGUUGUUGGACAUGCCCGUUUCAUUCACGCCGGACCCCGACAUUCCUCAGGAGGACUACGAGAGGAAGUAUCCGGGUGGGAAGAAAACAUUCAACUACAACAACGCCAUCGUGGAACUGGCUGCCCCGUACGUCAUGGACGAUGGAUUGGUGAGAAAGGUGCUCAAGUUCAAGGGGACUGGGCGUGACCCGAGCGACUUGGAAUAUAUUGAGGAAAAGUUUGAGAAUAGGAAGGACAAGCUGGCCAAGCGGAAGUGGUUCAGGGAGGGACGCCUGCUGCACGAGUACUUUCACCGUGGGAGGAAAGACGCGCUCAAAGAACAUGUCCAUGUUUCCGGCAAGAAUAAAGCAAAUUAUCCCCGCGACCUUUACUAUUAUGCGAAUGCUCACACUCAGGGCGUGGCUCACCGGCAAAUUCUGCGGAAAGGGAUGGUAGAAAAAUUUGAGGGUCGAGAUGACCUCUUGUAUUAUCGGUUCACAAGCUAUGGAGGCAUCCUCUGUAACUCCAUCACCGCAAAGAGGUCGUCUGUGGAGGAAGACGAAGUAGGGUCAAAAUCAAAGGCAAGAGAAUUCCUGGAAAUGCUCAAAGGAAACAAUUCUGGAGCAAAGAAGAGAGUGCGAAGGAAAAUGAGUAAAAUCGUAGAGAAAUAUCAUCGGGAUGAAACCAAAGAAGUUUGUGAUGACGUUGCUGAGAAGCACAUGUUAAUUGACGAAGGUCGUCUCCGGAUCCUAUUUCAUUACGGCGAGGGAAAUCUGACGCGUCACUCCCUCGAAUUCUUCAAACCCAAAGGAAGCAAUCCCGACACGGCAGAUUUUCAUCCUGAGGAUUGCAUCGAGUACUUGCCAGACCCUCACUCCCCACCCACGGACGUCUACAGGAAGUUCAAGUUGCUCCAGAGAAUGGAGGCAGACCAAAGGGUGGCUAGCGUGUUGGCAGCUCAGGCUGAGGAGGAAGUCUUCGAGACUGUGGCCUCUCGAGUGCAAGAGGAUUUCCUUCAUGAAAUAGAGCCGGACGCCUUUGCCGGGGAGAGGAACGAGGAGUACAUGAAGAUGAAGGAACAGAAAGUGGCCGACGAUGAGGACGAAGACGAAGAAGAUUUCACGGACGUUGAUUUUACAUCCCCAUUCUUUGAAAAGUUUGGCGUCCCGAGGAACAAGGUGGAAGAAGUGCUCAUGAAAAAGAGAAUCAUGCUCAACGCCAAAGUUCGCCUGGUCAGAAGGGCCCAUGCCAUACGGGAGAUGUAUGAACGGGAGACUCUACGUCUUACCGAAAAAAUGCGAUGGGUUGAAAAAAAUGCCGGCAAGAUGAAUCAAUCAGAGGAGGAGGAUUUCAAUCGCAUGUACAAGGAACAUCUUUUUUCGUUGCACAUCAUGGAGAAACGACUCGUUCGACAUCAAGAACUUGCUUCGGGAUCGUACUACAAAACACUGCUCAAAGUCUUGAAACAUCCACUGCUCAACAAAUACUCAAAGAAAAAGAUUGCACCACCUCCGCCCCCGGUGCCAGAGAUGAGCGAGGAGGAAAAGGCACGUCUGGCGGCCCUUGCAGCCAAACUCAAGGACUGCUGUCAAUUUUACACAAUCAAAUACACAGAACCCAAGAAGCAAAAUGAUAGACAUAAUAGGAAUAAUAUAAGGAAUAAUCAGAACAAUGCUAACAAUGAUGCAGCAGUGGGCGACGUUGUCGUCGAAGCGAAAGGUGACGAAGGACAAGUUGUCCCAGCUCAAUAAUUAAUUUAUCGACACACAAUGUUUUCGUAAUGUUAUUCUUUUUGCCUUUACUUAACUCGCCAGCUAAUAUGAUAUUUACAACAUAUGAGUAAGUAAAGUUUAUAACUAACUGC